AUGGCCAUGGCUCUCGAGUUCUGCACUGAGGGCUAUGCCCAAGGGCACGGACCUCCACCUGUGGUCGAGAUCACGAAGCCCGUAUUCAAAAUCGGACGUGCGGCCAAGAGGGUAGAUUUGUCCUUCGACUCGCCGACCAGGCCUCUCAUGAUGUCACGACUACACGCCACGAUAUCUGCGGAGGGCAAUGGCCAGUGGAAGGUCACCGACUGCAAAAGUCUAAAUGGCAUCUUUGUGAAUGGGAUCAAGGUAGAGGAAGCAUACCUCAGGGACGGAGACGAGAUCGUGUUCGGUGAGGGAGGCACGUGCUCGCUCGGUGCUGCGCUGAUGGUCGCCAACCCUGAAUUCAAAUGCGUGUGUCGAUUACCACAGUCGACGUCACAGGGCGCAAACGAGGGCGAGAGACCACACGCGAAGGCGACGCAGUGGAGGAGGAGGAAGCGAGCGGGGGCGACGAAGAAAAUGAAGCGACGCAUGAAGCAAAGCGACCAAAGAAAGCGAGGUGCACUGGAGAGCAGACUGGCUGUUGCCGAGGCCCAGUUGGCCGAACACAGACGACAGAUGGCCGAAGCGGAACUCCUGCGACAAGAGCUGGACCACAAGGAGCGGUUGCUAGACGAAGAGAAACACAUCGUGGAAGAGGCGCGCCACCUUAAAGCCAGCCUCGAGGCCAGGGAGACAGAGCUCGAGCGCGAAAAGGACCAACUCCAGCGCGCGCUCGCGCAGAGGGAGAGCGAACUGGAGGCCCAGCUGAAGGCCGACCAAGAGCGACGCGCCGGCGACGAGGAGCGCCGCCGCGCCGCGCUCGAAGCCACGAAGCUGAUGCUGGCCGACGAGCGCCAGCGCCUCGAGCGUGAGCACAGCGCGCGCGAGCUCGACCUGGCCCGCGAGCGCGAGGCGCUCGAGCGGCAGCGCGCCGAGCUCGAGUCGCAGAUCGCGCAGAAGCGGCGCGAGAUCGAGUCUGAGGCCAUCCAGCGCAGCGAGCUCGAGGAGGAGUUCCUGUGCGUCAUCUGCCACGGCCUCAUGAUCGCCGCCAUGACCCUCGAGUGCGCCCACUCCUUCUGCUCGACCUGCCUCGACGGCUGGAUGGCCCAGAAGCAGCCGGUGACAAGGACGCCGGUGCGAGCGCUCAACUUGGACAACAUCAUCGGCAAGAUCGUUCAGAAGAUGCCACCAGCUGACAAGGCCGAGUGGGAGGAGCGGGCGCAGAAGCUGCGCAAGGUGGAGGAGGAGAUCAAGCAGCUCCAGAAUCUCAUCGAAUCGGCCAAGACGCGCGGAUUGCGCUUCCUCGUCAUCUGGGACAGCUGGACGGACGACGAAAAGAAGAUCUUUGCCGACGGCGUCGUGCGCUACGUGGGCAAGCCGCGAGUGCUGUACUGCUCGACGGUCGGGCUGACGAGUCAGUUUGUGGAGUCGUGCAGCCGGCCGCACCUGAUCGUCGCCGCGCGCAAUCUCGACCUCCUCAACUCGCCCGACAUCGACCGCCUGCGAGCAAACCUCCUCGACUUCAUUCACCAGAACGACGAAUAA